UAUAAAUUCCGAGCACCAUCCACCUCUCCCUUCACCCAUGGCCUCCACAAACCACCGCCCCUUCCGCUGCUCCUUCCACAGCUGGAUGGCGCAGCAGCAGCAGGACCUCGACGAGCUCGUGGCGGCCAACUCCCCCGCCACGGACAAGGAGGAUCUCGCGCGGCUGAGGGACAAGUGCGUCGCGCACUUCGGGGAGUACGCGGAGAGGCGGGCCGCCAUGGCGAGGCAGAACCCGCCGUGCUUCCUGUCGCCGCCGUGGUGCUCCGCCUUGCAGAACGCCUUCAUGUGGGUCGGGGGCUGCCGCCCCUCGCUCUUCAUCCGCCUCAUCUACCACGUCUGCAGCUCCCAGCUCGACAGCAGAUCUCGGGAGUACCAUGUUGUCCCUCAACAUCUCACGUGCCUCGUCUUGAGAUCCUUCACUCUGUUCAAUUUCAUCGCUCACAUCCACCCCGACAGCAGUGUUGAUGGCAACAUCGGUGAUGCUGUUGGGAACAUCGUGAAUGUCUUUGGGAACAUCCGCACUCAAUACCAUCGUGAAAGUGUUAUCAAUGUUCCCCUCAGUUAUAUUUUCAUCAUCAGUGUUCUCCUCAAACCAAGCGGUCAUACGGGCGAGCAGGGCGGCUUGGUCCAAUCUAUACACACGCGAGGUAUGAGCCGUGAGGCGGGGACUGCUCAUAGGUCGAAGAACUCUGUUGCAUGCGCCCCCAUGGCGGGUCCCAGCAAGUGGGCUGUCGGGUCUGGUAGGGUUGAUAUUGUGCGUGGAGGUGCCUAUCAUGUGGAUAGGAUUGUUGCAGAUCUAACGAUCCAAUCGGAUGGUGUGGUGGCUGAUAUAUGGGUUGCGAUGGGUGGUGGUGUGGUGGCUGAUAUAUGGGCUGCGAUGGGUGGUGGGCGAAUUGCGGCUCACGGUAGUCGAAUUGGUGAUGGUAAUAGGCAGCAUAGGAUGGGUAACCUCGCCGAUCUCACGGCGCGCCAGCUCGUGUUGAUCAAUGCUCUCCAUUGCAAGACUGUCAAGGAGGAGGACAAGUUCUCCACAAGGAUUACUUCUUUGCAGGAGGAAAUAGCGGAUGAGCCGCUGGCAACGAUGGCUAAGCAGAGCGUGGGGGAGGUGGAGCGCGCCAUGGCCAUGGUCGCACACGAGGCGGCCAUGGCGGAGGUUCUGUUGGCGGCGGAUCGGCUGAGGAUGGAGACGCUCAAGGAGGUGAUGGGCAUCCUCACCCCGUUGCAAGCCGUGGAUCUUCUAAUCGCGGGGAAGAAGCUCCACAUCUCGAUGCAUUGCUGGGGUUGCAAAAGGGAGGAACAAACAUCAACAACCACAAAUUGA